GAGAGCAGGCAGCGGAAGUCGGCGGGUCGCUGCUGGUUGGUUCGGCGCCGGUGGAGGGAGUCAUUCCUGCAGCAGUGCUUCCGGUCGGCAUUUUGUUCUGCGAGAGAGAGAGAGAGUCUGUGUGGAUUCUUUUAUGAGCGCCCAGGAGCCUUUCGGCACCGAAUCUUUUCUGCCAUCGUCCGGAGUAAAGUGCGAGCUUCCGCGGGCGCCUGCGAGAGGAAUGACCGCCGCCCGUCCGUCUUCAUGUUCGCAGUGAGAGGAAGCAGUGCGACCCGGAUUAUUGUUGUGAGAGGGACACAGCGAGCCCGAACCCCUCCACCUUCACCUUUCAACAGCAGAGCCUCAGCAAAAGAUGUAAAGGUGGAUCAGUGAGCAGCGACACUGAGCGACCUGUGCAUCCACGCGAGCUCCCUGCCCUUCUUCAGCAUGAAUGGGGAUAUGCCUCAUGUUCCUAUCACCACUCUCGCCGGGAUCGCAAGCCUCACCGACCUGUUAAAUCAGCUGCCUCUCCCCUCCCCUCUACCUGCCACCACCACUAAGAGCCUGCUGUAUAAUGGGAGGAUCGCCGAGGAGGUCAGCUGUCUGCUGUCCCGGCGGGACGACACUCUCGUGUCCCAGCUGGCUCACAGCCUCAACCAGGUGUCCACCGAGCACAUAGAGCUGAAGGACAACUUGGGCAGUGAUGACCCGGAAGGAGAUGUGCCUCUACUGCUACAGACGGUGCUGUCCAGGAACCCCAAUGUCUUCAGGGAGAAAAGUACGCCCACCCGAUACGGGGUUCAGGGCGGUUUAAUGCAACAGCCAAUGAUACCACCGUACAAGAUGGCUCCAAAUUCCAUUCAUGGAAGUCCGGCGUCAAACUACCAGCAAACCACUAUCACUCCGAGCCCUCCCAGCCGAUAUGUUCAACCUCAGGCGGGUUCUGGUACCAGGUACAUUCCCCAGCAGAACAGUCCAGUGCCCAGCCCGUAUGCACCACAGAGCCCCGCAGGCUACAUGCAGUACAGCCACCCACCCAGCUACCCUCAGCACCAACAGAUCCAGCAAGUGUCCGUAUCCAGUCCAAUAGUUCCUAGUGGCAUGAGAAACAUCCAUGACAACAAGGUCUCUGGUCAAGUUUCGGGCAACUCCAACCACAAUGCGAGGCAUUGCUCGAGCGACGAGUACAUCAGCAUCGUCCAGAGACUUGGAAGUGAUGAGAGUGACCCCGCUAUGCGAAAUGCCUCCUUUUCUGUACGCUCCGUCUGCUCUCCUGCUGGAAGUGAAGGGACUCCGAAAGUUGGAUCUCGGCCGCCCUUGAUUCUUCAGUCUCCUCCACCCUACACCUCCCCAAGAGAUGCUGCUCCUGACCUCCUGCUGGACUCGCCUGAACGGAAAAAGAAGCAGAAAAAGUUAAUGAAAGAGGAGGGGGGUAAAGGUGCCAUGUAUGACAUUGUCAGCUCGCCCACUAAAGACUCCACAAAGCUAACGAUAAAGUUGUCUCGAGUGAAGUCGUCUGAGACAGAACAGUCAGCUGAGCCGUUGUCGGUGCUAGAGCAUGGCUCAGACGCUGAGAACGAGCUAUCAUGCAAUAGCUUACCAUACCAUCGGAACCCCCAGGAGCGGCUCUCUGCCGGCCAGUGUCUUUCGGGGGAGCAGUCGGCUUAUCAGCAGGUUCCUGUAUUACAGAACACUGGGGCACUCGCAGCCAAGCAACCUGGGGUAGUUAGUGGAACCCCCUACGACGAGGCAGAGCUGGACGCUCUUGCGGAGAUUGAAAGGAUUGAGAGGGAAUCCGCUAUAGAACGAGAACGCUGUUCUAAGGAAGUUCAAGAUAAAGAUAAACCUCUGAAGAAGAGAAAGCAGGAUUCAUACCCUCAGGAACCAGGAGCUGCUGGCACCGCGGGAGCUUCUGGAACACCUGGCGUGGGUGGUGGAUGCAAUGCUGGGAACAAAUUGGUACCUCAAGAGGCUUGCGCUGCUAGCAAUGGAGCCAGUCGGCCGGCCUUGAUGGUCAGUAUUGACCUGCAGCAGGCAGGCAGGGUGGAAGGGCCAGUGGACUCAUGUCCUGUCCCUGCAACAGAGGCCCAGCGCUGGCCGGAGGAAGGCUCCGAAUCCACUGGGGUCUUGAGGCUCAAAUCGAAGACUGAUGGAGAGGUGCAGAAGACAGUAGAUGGUCGGCCAGAGGUCAUCAAGCAACGAGUGGAAAACACACCACAGAAAACUGCUUCAGAUGGACGACCAGAGACUCCCAAACACAAGCAUGAGAACCGCCGAGAGAUCUCAAACAAAGUGAGUUCAGAAAAGAGAUCGGAUCUUUCCAAGCACAGACAUGAUGGUAAGCCUGACAAAGUGAGGCCUGAUGGAAAAGGUCAUGAAACUUUCAGAAAACAUGAAGGACGAUUGGAGUCAACUCGAGAGAGCAAAGAGGAAAGGCACAGAGAUCGAGACAAUGAAGGCUCUAAAGUCCGUCGAUCAGACACAUCUAAGUCCAACCGGGUAGAGCACAACCGAGACAGGGACCAGGAGCAGGAAAAAGAUGGGGACAAGGAGCCGGAGAAAGAUCGAGACAAGGAGCUGGAGAAAAAUCGGGACAAGGAGCCGGAGAAAGAUCAUAAGGAGCGAGAGAAAGUGCGGAACAAGGUGCGGGAGAAAGAUCGGAACAAAGAGUUGGAGAAAGAUCGGGACAAGGAGCUGGAAAAAGAUCAGGACAAGGAGCUGGAAAAAGAUCGGGACAAGGAGCGAGAGAAAGUUCGGGACAAGGUGCGGGAGAAAGAUCGGGACAAGGAGCGGGAGAAAGUUCGGGACAAAGUGAGGGAGAAAGAUCGGGACAAGGUGAGGGAGAAAGAUCGGGACAAGGUGCGGGAGAAAGAUCGGGACAAGGUGCGAGAGAAAGAUCGGGACAAGGAACGGGUGAAAGAUCGGGACAGGGAACGAGAGAAAGAUCAGGACAAGGAACAGGAGAAAGAUCGAGAGAAAGAUCGGGAUAGGGUUCGGGACAGGGAUCGAGACCAAGAAAAGAAGCGCCACACAGAAUCAACAGAGCACCGGGACAAACGUUCUCCUGAGCAACGCUCGCGCCCUGACAGUCCUCGAGUGAAGCAGGAACCCCGUAGCGGAGCAGAAUCCAGAACAAAACCUGAACGGUCAGUCCACAAAACUUCCAACAACAAAGAUGAGAAACGGAAUGGCGACAACAAGAACCGACUUGAUGGACACAAGCCUCCAUCCUCAGACAGUAAAACCGCAGAAUUUCCCAACUACCUACUGGGGGGCAAAUCAGGUGCAUUAAAGAAUUUUGUCAUUCCCAAGUUAAAACGGGACAAAGAUGGUAACAUUAUGCAGGAAGUGCGACGAGAGCUGUUUUCCGAGCCUUGUGUGAAAUUGGAAAAAUUGGACUUGGUGGAGGACCUCAAUAAGGGUGCCAAACCUGUUGUGGUUCUGAAGAAACUUUCCAUUGAUGAGGUCCAGAAGUUGAUCAGUAAUUCGCGCAGCUCGAAAUCAAGCAAGAGCAAGUCAUCUCAUGGCAAAUCAUUUGGAGAAAUUGAUUCCCGUAUGCCACUGUGUGAGAGGGUAAAAAUGAAUAAACGCAGACGCAGCGCCACUAACGAUAAGCCCAAGUAUGCCGAAGUCAGCUCAGAUGAUGACAGCAGCUCUGUAGAACUGGCCCCAAAGCGGUCAAAAAAGGACAAAGACAGAACGUGGGAAUAUGAAGAAAAAGACCGGAGGGGUUCUGGAGAUCACCGACGGAGUGACAGUCGGAGAAGUUCAGGCAGUCGAUACAGAGAAUGUAGCCCUGUGGACUCGGAUGAAGAUUCUCCUCCUCCUAGCCUGAGUGACCUCGCCAGAAAGUUAAAGAAGAAGGAAAAGCAGAAAAAGAGGAAAGCCUACGAGCCCAAACUGACUCAGGACGAAAUGAUGGACUCCUCCACAUUUAAGAGAUUUUCCACCAGUGUUGACAACAUUCUUGAAAACCUUGAAGAAGUGGACUUGACAUCAUUAGAUGAUGAUGAGAUUCCUGAGGAACUGCUGCUCGGAAAACACCAGCUCUCGGAGUUAAGCAGUGAAUCAGCCAAAAUAAAGGCCAUGGGCAUCAUGCAUAAGAUUCCAUCUGAUAAAAUGGUGAAAGUCCAGAGUAUUUUGGAAAAAAACAUUCAGGAUGGUUCAAAGCUCUCCACCCUCAUGAAUCAUGACAACGACAGGGACGACGAGGAGCGUUUGUGGCGUGACCUCAUCAUGGAACGUGUCACCAAAUCUGCUGAUGCUUGUCUGACUGCUCUUAACAUCAUGACCUCAGCACGAAUGCCGAAGGCCGUUUACAUUGAGGAUGUUAUUGAGAGGGUCGUGCAGUACACCAAGUUUCAUCUACAGAACACGCUGUAUCCACAGUAUGACCCCGUCUACAGAGUGAAACCUCACGGCGGUGGAACACUAAGCUCAAAAGCCAAGCGAGCAAAGUGCUCAACGCACAAGCAGAGAGUUACUGUCAUGCUCUACAACAAAGUUUGUGAUGUUAUCAGUAACCUGUCUGAACUCCUGGAGAUUCAGUUGUUGACUGACACGACCAUCCUUCAGAUCUCCUCUCUGGGUAUCACUCCAUUCUUUGUUGAGAAUGUGAGUGAACUGCAGCUUUGUGCCAUUAAACUAGUGACGGCUGUGUUCUCUAGAUACGAGAAGCACAGGCAGCUGAUCCUGGAAGAGAUCUUUACCUCUCUGGCCAGACUGCCAACCAGCAAGAGAAACCUACGAAAUUUCAGACUGAACAGCAGUGACGUGGAUGGUGAGCCCAUGUACAUUCAGAUGGUGACGGCGCUGGUUCUACAGCUCAUUCAGUGUGUGGUCCAUCUGCCUUCUGAUAAGGACUCGGAUGAUGAUAAUGACAGAAAGGUUGAUCAGGAUGUACUAAUCACAAACUCGUAUGAGACUGCAAUGAGGACAGCACAAAACUUCCUCUCUGUUUUCCUCAAAAAGUGUGGUAGUAAGCAAGGUGAGGACGACUACAGGCCACUCUUUGAGAACUUUGUUCAGGAUCUACUGUCCACGGUGAAUAAACCUGAUUGGCCAGCUGCAGAGCUGCUGCUAAGCCUUCUGGGAAGACUGCUGGUUCACCAGUUCAGUAAUAAGCAGACGGAGAUGGCUCUGAGAGUGGCCUCUUUGGAUUAUCUGGGCACAGUGGCCGCACGUCUUCGCAAAGAUGCAGUCACCAGCAAAAUGGACCAGCGUUCCAUCAACCGCAUCCUCGAAGAGACCUCAGGCAGUGAUGAGAUUCAGCAGUUGCAGAAGGCUUUGCUGAAUUACCUGGACGAGAAUGUGGAGACUGACCCGUCUUUAUUGUUUGCACGGAAGUUCUACAUCGCACAGUGGUUCAGGGAUACCAGCACUGAGACGGAGAAAGCCAUGAAAUCACAGAGCCAGAGGGACGACGAUUCGUCAGAUGGGGCGCACCACGCCAAGGAUGUCGAGACCACUAGUGAGAUCUUACAAAAAGCUGAAGCACGCAAGAAGUUCCUCCGGUCUGUUAUCAAGACCACGGCAUCAAAAUUCAGCUCACUGAGAGUCAACUCGGAUACUGUGGACUACGAGGACUCGUGUCUUAUUGUGCGAUAUCUGGCCUCCAUGAGGCCGUUUGCACAGAGCUUUGAUAUUUAUCUCACACAGAUCUUGAGAGUUCUUGGUGAAAGUGCCAUAGCAGUGAGAACUAAAGCGAUGAAGUGUCUUUCUGAAGUGGUUGCGGUAGAUCCGAGCAUUCUGGCGCGGUCGGACAUGCAGCGGGGAGUUCAUGGCCGACUGAUGGAUAAUUCCACCAGUGUGAGAGAGGCUGCGGUGGAGCUGCUGGGGCGCUUCGUUCUGAGUCGACCCCAGCUAACCGAACAGUAUUACGACAUGUUGAUUGAGCGCAUCCUGGACACUGGCAUCAGUGUGAGGAAGAGGGUUAUUAAAAUCCUUCGAGACAUCUGUCUGGAGCAGCCCACCUUCAACAAGAUCACAGAGAUGUGUGUAAAGAUGAUCAGGAGGGUCAAUGACGAAGAAGGCAUCAAGAAAUUGGUGAAUGAGACGUUUCAGAAGCUCUGGUUCACUCCUACACCUAAUCAUGAUAAAGAAGCCAUGACUCGCAAGAUUCUCAACAUCACAGAUGUGGUCGCUGCCUGCAGGGAUUCUGGUUACGACUGGUUCGAACAGCUGCUUCAGAAUUUGCUGAAGUCAGAGGAGGACGCCUCGUACAAACCGGCCAGGAAGGCUUGUGUUCAGCUGGUGGACAGUCUUGUAGAGCAUAUUCUGAAAUACGAAGAGUCACUAUCUGACUGUGAGAAUAAGGGGUUGACAUCCAGUCGCUUAGUGGCUUGUAUUACCACGCUGUACCUGUUUAGCAAGAUCCGACCCCAGCUGAUGGUAAAACACGCCAUGACUAUGCAGCCAUACCUGACCACAAAGUGUAAUACUCAGAGUGAUUUUAUGGUGAUCUGUAAUGUGGCUAAAAUCCUGGAGCUUGUUGUUCCUUUGAUGGAUCAUCCGAGUGAAAGCUUUCUCACGACCAUGGAAGAAGACCUGAUGAAACUCAUCAUCAAAUACGGCAUGACGGUUGUGCAGCACUGUGUGAGUUGUCUCGGUGCCGUCGUCAAUAAGGUCACCCAUAACUUCAAGUUUGUGUGGUCUUGUUUCAACCGAUACUAUGGAGCACUAAACAAGCUGAAGUUGCAGCAUCAGGAAGACCCAAACAGCACCGUACUGGCCUCUAAUAAACCUGCACUGCUGCGUUCACUCUUCACUGUGGGGGCCCUGUGCCGACACUUUGACUUUGACCAAGAGGAGUUCAAAGGCAGUAAUAAGGUGGUCAUAAAGGACAAAGUGCUGGAGCUGCUGCUGUAUUUCACUAAGAACGAGGAUGAGGAGGUGCAGACGAAGGCCAUCAUUGGAUUAGGGUUCCUGUUCAUCCAGCACCCAGACCUAAUGUUUGCUUCGGAUGUGAAAAACCUCUACAACUGCCUCCUGGCUGACAGGAAAACGUCGGUGAAUCUGAAGAUCCAGGUGCUAAAGAACCUGCAGACUUACUUGCAGGAGGAGGACUCGCGCAUGCAGGAAGCCGACAGGGAGUGGAAGAAGAUGUCUAAGCAGGAGGACUUGAAGGAGAUGGGUGACAUCUCUUCUGGCAUGAGCAGUUCUAUCAUGCAGCUCUACCUCAAGCAGGUGCUAGAGAGCUUUUUCCACACGCAAUCCAGCGUGCGGCACUUUGCCCUCAAUGUAAUCGCCCUGACGCUCAACCAAGGCCUCAUUCAUCCCGUACAGUGUGUUCCAUAUCUUAUCGCCAUGGGAACGGACUCGGAACCCACAAUGAGGAAUAAAGCCGAUCAACAGCUGGUGGAAAUUGAUAAGAAAUACACGGGAUUCAUUCAUAUGAAGGCUGUGGCGGGGAUGAAGAUGUCCUAUCAGGUUCAGCAAGCCAUUGUGGGUUCAAAGGACACUGUAAUCAGGGGUUUCCGACAGGAUGAGAUCAACACGGCUCUUUGCUCCCACCUCUACACCAUGGUGCGUGGAAACAGGCAACACCGCAGGGCUUUCCUCAUCUCGCUGCUCAACCUGUUUGACGACAAUGCGAAGUCGGAUGUGAACAUGCUGCUGUUUAUCGCAGACAAUCUCGCCUGUUUCCCAUUUCAGAGUCAGGAAGAGCCGCUGUUCAUUAUGCACCAUGUAGACAUCACACUGUCUGUGUCCGGCAGCAACCUGCUGCAGUCUUUCAAAGAGUCCUUGCUGAAAGAGCCAAGACCACAGGAAAAGAAGAAAAAAAAGAGAGGGAAAAAAUAUGGCUCUGAGGAAGAGGAUGAGAGUAGCAGGGAAAGCAGCAGUGAUAGUGAUAGCAGCGAUGACGAUGUCAUCCGUCGGCCCAAGAAACCCAGGCGAGCUGCUGCAGUGAACUCAGACUCUGAUUCAGACCUCGACAUAGAGGAUGUGGACAAGGUGAUGCUGCGUCUCCCUGACAACCCCAAUCCCUUAUUGGACUUUGCCAAUGCCUCUCAGGGCAUCCUGCUGCUCCUGAUGCUCAAGCAGCACCUUAAGAACCUCUACGGCUUCUCUGACAGUAAAAUUUUGAAGUACUCGCCAACAGAAUCUGCAAAAGUUUAUGACAAGGCUGUAAACAGGAAGGCCAAUGUGCAUUUCAACCCACGGCAGACAUUAGACUACCUGACGAACAGCCUGUCUAAUGCAGAUCUUACUUACGAUGUCAAGAGGAGAGUCGUCAGACAGUAUUUAGAUUUUAAGGUACUGAUGGAACACUUGGACCCGGAUGAGGAAGAUGAGGAGGGGGAGGCUUCGGCCAGUACCCACGCAAGAAAUAAAGCCAUCACUGCUCUACUAGGAGGCUCCAGCCCCAAGAAUAAUGCUGCUGACUCGUACGAUGACGACAGUGAUGCAGACGAAAAGGCUCCUGGGUCGUCACGGAGAUCCAGGAGAAGCGGAGAUUCGGCAGAGGCGUCGGGUCACAUGAACGCAACGGUAGAAGCCAAGGACGUCAUCGCCAUCUGCUGCCCCAAGUAUAAGGACCGGCCGCAGAUAGCACGUGUUAUUCAGAAGACAAGCACAGGCUACAGCGUUCGCUGGAUGGCCGGAUCGUACUCUGGUACCUGGGCGGAAGCCAAGAAACGUGACGGACGUAAACUGGUGCCUUGGGUGGACACUAUAAAGGAGUCUGACAUUAUUUACAAGAAAAUUGCCUUGACGAGCGCACACAAACUGACCAACAAAGUAGUGCAGACUUUACGUUCACUGUACGCAGCCAAGGAAGGAACUUCCAGCUAAUUAAAUCUGUAAUAACUCUCGAACUGUUACACCCAACAGACUCUCAGCAGCCAAACUUCAUCAGGAUUCAACGUUUUGUAAACUUUAAAGUUGGAGAGAAAAGUACCACAGACUCACAGGUUUUAAGAUCCAGUGCGGAACUGGUCGAAUUGCGGAAUGACGAUUUUAAAAGUGUGGUCUGUUUGGAAAAUGUAGAUGUGAAUCCUGUACAUCUUUUAAGUUAAACGGAAAAGAAAGAAAUGGAGCUCCUUCGCUGUUCUGCAGCAACUUGGUUGUUUGAAUAAUUUUUUCCCCCUCCACUGUAUCAUAGUUUAACACAAAACAGAAACAAAAAAUGUUUAUAUCUCUGACAAAAAAAAAUCUGUUUAAAGAAAUAAACCUAAAGUGAAUGUUGGAAAUUAGUCUGUUGAUGUUCUUAAUAAAGUGACCUUGGAGUUUAACCUAGCGCCGGAUGGAUUUCUUUAGCUUAGCUCAGUUUCCAGGGAAAUAAACUUUUAAACAUCUCCUCUGCUUUAUGUUUUACUUCUUUUGUGCUGUACAAUGGAGUCUCCUGGACAUAAUUUAUUCAGUUAAAACAGAGCAUGCAGUAUCUGUUGCCGACAUGGAAGGGAGGUUUUUUUUUUUUUUUUUUUUUUUUGUAAAUGUAGAUUUUGAUGUAUUGGGUCAGGGUUUGGGUCUCUACACCCCACAGCGGGACAAGGGACCCCCAGCAUGUGUGGAGGAGCAAAUACUGCAAUAAAUUUUUUACUUCUCUUUGUUACUU